AUAUUAUCCAGGAAGUGUGUUCUGCGCACUGUUCUUCGGUUCGGCCGGGCAGCAGCGGUGUGUAUUUGUCCCAAACAAAGUAGGACUCACGCCGCAGAGGCCAAAUGACACGAACAGACUGAGUAGGUUGUCAAAUCGUGUCUUUUCUUUAAACAUUUGAUAUAUGUAGAUGAACGUCAUCAGAAAUGGGUCCCGGAUAAGAAGGAAUUUUCCAGAAACACCGUGGACAGCGGGUGGUUUGGAGUGUGGGCCCGCGGCCGUGAAGGAGCUUACAGCCGGGAGAAGAGGAUCCAUUGUGUGCUACGAGCGGAACUCAAUUCUCUCCAGAUUGAAGCUCCGUCCCCAUCCCUUUCCAUCCUUCCUGAUUCAGUUCUGGGAGAGUUCAGACCAGUAUCAUCGCCAAGAUAGCCGGGCCAGGCAGGAAGAGGCACACCUCAGAUCCAGACCCCAGCAGCGGCAGUGAUUCCGGCGACGGGCAGCCUGUCAGCGCCAAGUGCCUGAAAAUGGCCAGCAGCGGUGGUAGCGAGACAGCGGGCCGUCGUGGUGGUGGUGGUGGUGGUGGGGCUCAACAGAGAGGGGGCGGCGGCGGCAGGGACAACAGCUCUGACCAGUCCUCCAGUUUGAGUAAGAAGAAGCAGAAGGACCGGGCCAAUCAGGAGAGCCAGGAGGCCAAGAGGGCAGCCGCUGCAGCUGUGGACGGGGUUAUUGCUGAGGUCAAGAAAGAUGUGUUUGUGGACUGGAAGCAAAAUGUCAAUGAAGUGACGGUCCGCCUGCGCUGUGGGGAGGGGGUGCAAAGGAUAGAGGAUGUCAGCACGGCUUUCACUGAUACACACUGCCAUGUGUGUUUCCCAGAUGGACGUGAGUGGAGAUGUCCGCUGCAGGAGGAAAUUGAGGCCUCAUGUAGCCGGGUCCAGUACAAAGAGAAGGGAGGUUUCCUGCUCGUCAUCAUGCAGAAGAAGAUUCCUUUUCACAUCUGGCCUUCACUUAAAUCUAACAAGAAGGAGAAGGAGGCGGUUACCACAGAGACCAAAAACGAUAAGGAGCUGGAGAUGAAGACUGUUGCCUUGGGUUCAUCAGAGACACCCAAACCGUCAUCCUCGCAGCCUUCCUCUUCACACACACACAGCGAGUCAAGGCGCGGUGGUGGUAAAGCUGUGAAGCGCUGCCUUAAAAACAAACCAGCUGGUGACAAAGCCACCGUGGACUCUGUAGGAGUGAAAAGUGGUGCUGGAGCUGGAGACGGCUCAGUCACCACCAGCAGCAGCAGCAGCAAGCCAGUGACGGUCACGAGAGGCGAGCAGCAGCAACCACAGGAGCCCAGCGCUAAGCGCACCGUUGUACAGCAGCCCAACACCACCAAGGAGGAGGCCGCUUCACCAGCAGACAGGGACGCAAAAUCUGUCAAGUCUACGUUAGCUAAUGGUAAAAGUCCACACACACACCUGCCCGCUGGUCGGAGCCCACAGACACAACGUAGAGACGGAGACAACAGAUCACAGAGACUAGACGGUGAUCCGGAUCCACAAUCAGGAGUUACUGUUGCUGCUUCUGCCAGCCAUACCAACACAACUCAGGUGGCAGAAGAGCAAAACCAGUCUCCUGACGGGUCCGGGGCGACAGCAAAUGGCAGCGAUAACCAACCAGCAGCUCCUGUCAGCACCAGCGACUGCCUCAAACCCGGGAGCUCCAACAACGAAGUGAGCUCUCCUGAAGGGCUGGGAGAUAAAACUGACUCUGAGCCAGAGACGAAACCUGUUGAGCAGGACUCAGAGCAGGAUACUCUGAUUCAUCAGCAGCUCCCAUCAACAGAAACAGGUUCUGUACCAGCUGAUUGUGUGACUGCCAAACGAGCAGAGUCACCCAGUUUAACCCCGAGGCGCGGCAGCUUUGAAGGGGAAGAGAAGAGGGACCAGUCGAAGGAGGAGCCGCCUCUGGAAAUAAAGGAGCAGGAAGCCCCAGAGCCGAUGGUCAACCUGCAACUUAUCAAGAAUGAUUCAUACGAGAAGGGCACGGACCUGAUGGUGGUCAAUGUUUACAUGAAGGGGAUCUGCAGGGACACAGCCAGAGUCAUCUUCAGGGAACAGGACUUCACUCUCAUCUUUCAGACGAGUGAUGCUAACUUUCUGCGGCUCCAUUCAGACUGUGGACCGAACACAGUCUUCAAGUGGCAAGUCAAACUCAGGAACCUUAUCCAGCCUGAGCAGUGCAGCUACUCCUUCACCCCGUCCCGACUUGACAUCACGCUGAAGAAGAGGCACAGCCAGCGCUGGGGGGGUCUGGAGGCUCCUGCAACACAAGUGGGCGGCGCAAAAGUUGCCGUGCCCUCCGGUCCUGCUUGCUUGGAGAAGAGCCAGCCGGGCAGCAGCCAGCACAGCCUGCCAGCCAAGGAGGAGCCUCCGAGGGUCGGGGAGGAGAAACCCAAGACUCCUAAAGCUUCAACAAGAGUUGAGGAUGCUGGUCUUGAUGCGGUGGCUCCUCGCUCAGUCUCUGAGCAUGUUUCAAUCAACAAGCCAGAGCCCACUGUUACCACGCCUAAACCGACCUGCAUGGUGCAGCCCAUGACCCACGCAUCUCUGGCAAGCAAUGAGCGCCAUGAAGAAGAAGAGGAGAAGAAGGUGUGCCUGCCCGGCUUCACAGGAUUGGUCAACCUAGGAAACACCUGUUUCAUGAACAGUGUCAUCCAAUCCCUGUCCAACACCAGAGAACUCAGGGAUUAUUUCCACGACCGAGCGUUUGAGGCAGAAAUCAACUGCAAUAACCCGCUAGGAACAGGAGGCAGGCUCGCCAUCGGUUUUGCUGUGCUGCUCAGGGCCCUCUGGAAAGGAACACAUCAUGCCUUUCAACCUUCAAAACUCAAGGCGAUCGUGGCCAGUAAAGCCAGUCAGUUUACAGGUUAUGCUCAGCAUGAUGCUCAGGAGUUCAUGGCCUUCUUGCUGGACGGGCUUCAUGAAGACUUGAACCGCAUCCAGAAUAAACCUUACACGGAGACGGUGGACUCUGACGGACGGCUGGAUGAGGUGGUGGCGGAGGAGGCAUGGCAGAGGCACAAGAUGAGAAAUGACUCCUUUAUAGUGGACCUCUUCCAAGGCCAGUUCAAAUCCAAGCUUGUGUGUCCCACAUGCUCAAAGGUGUCGAUCACCUUUGACCCUUUCCUCUACCUGCCUGUGCCCUUGCCUCAGAAACAAAAGGUGCUCUCAGUUUUCUACUUCGCCAAGGAACCUCAUAAAAAACCCAUCAAGUUCUUGGUGAGUGUGAGCAAGGAGAACUCCAGCACGGCUGAAGUCCUUGAAUCCAUCUCCAGGAGUGUCCGGGUUAAACCAGAAAACCUCAGACUGGCAGAGGUUGGCAAGAACCGCUUCCGCCGCAUGUUCCUGCCGUCCCAUUCCCUGGACACAGUGUCGUCCUCUGACAUGUUGUUUUGCUUUGAGGUGCUUUCCAAAGACAUGGCCAAAGAGAGAGUCAUACUGCUCAGAGUGCAGCAGAGACUGCAGGUCCCUAACAUCCCCAUCUCAAAGUGUGCUGCCUGCAUGAAGCCUCCAGUGUCUGACGAAGACAAGCUGAAACGCUGCACUCGCUGCUAUCGCGUGGGCUACUGCAAUCAAGCCUGUCAAAGGACCCACUGGCCCAAUCAUAAAGCUCUGUGUCGACCCAACACCGAGAACGUGGGCCUGCCUUUCCUGGUCAGCGUUCCCGAGUCUCGACUCUCCUGUGCCCGCCUCACACAGCUUCUUGAAGGUUACUCCAGGUUUUCUGUCAACGUGUUCCAGCCUCCUUUCCAGUCAGGCAGGACCUCCCCCGAAACAACAAGAAGUCGGGACCUUCCCCCGAUGCCAGCAGGCUCUCCUGACGGCCCCGUGCCCGGAGCUGAGGCGGACAUGUCUGAGAGCUGUACAGUAGGAUCAGCUGAUCAGGACCUGGAGAGCCCGUCUCUGCUGCCUGAAUCUCACGAAGAGAGUGCUCAGGCCUCAGCUCUACAACCUGCAGAGUCAGAAUCCCUCUCCUCCUCCCAGUCCUCCCUCUCCACAACUCGGACUACAGAUUCUGGAUUCUCAGAGCCAGUCACCUCCACCUCCUGCUGCUCUCUGGACCCCCAUGCGGAGAAAGAGACUUCUUGUGAGAAGGCUGUACGGCCAGAGGCUGCAGUCACAGGGUAUCAACAUCCAAGUGAGUCCGCCUCAGGACAUGGCUGCCAGUUCUACAUCGCCCUGCUGGACGCCAACAACAAAGAACAGAGGCUGGAUGAGAAAGAGGAUGCCCUGGAAACACUUCCUGAAGAUGCCACCCUGGAGCUGGUGUGGAAAAACAACGAGCGUCUGAAGGAGUAUGUCCUGGUGAGCUCAAAGGAGCUGGAGUACGAGGAGGACCCCAGCUCUCUGAGUGAAACCACCAGAGCAGGACACUUCACCCUGGAGCAGUGCCUCAACCUCUUCACAAAGCCAGAGGUCCUGGCACCAGAGGAGGCGUGGUACUGUCCAAAGUGCCAGCAGCACCGAGAGGCCUCCAAACAGCUUCUGCUGUGGCGUCUGCCCAACGUUCUGAUCAUCCAGCUCAAACGCUUCUCCUUCAGGAGCUUCAUCUGGAGGGAUAAGAUCAACGACAUGGUGGACUUCCCUGUCAGGAAUCUGGAUCUGAGUAAGUUCUGCAUCGGCCAGAAGGAUGAAAUGCAACAACCCCCCAUCUACGACUUGUAUGCUGUCAUUAACCACUACGGAGGAAUGAUCGGAGGCCACUACACGGCCUACGCUCGUCUGCCGAGUGAUAAGAACAGCCAGCGCAGUGAUGUCGGCUGGCGUCUGUUUGAUGACAGCACAGUGACGAUGGUGGAGGAGAGUCAGGUGGUGACGCGUUACGCCUACGUCCUGUUCUACCGGCGACGAAACUCCCCUGUGGAGAGGCCGCCUCGCUUCCUCAGGCCCGCAGGAGCAGAGUCGUCCACCGCAGGAGGAGCUACUGCCAGCCAGGCCUCUAGCCAGUCACUAUUUGGGCCAGACCUUGAUCCCGAAGGACCGCCUACGUUGACACAAGAGGUUCCCUCCGACCUCUUUGCCCACUCUGGAGAGUGCGCAGCGCCAUCCUACAGCAACAUGGAGGAAGUGGACUAGACAUGGGUGAGGACUAAAAGGAAGCUCAGAGCCAAUCCAGGUCCUGAAUGGAAGUCGCUCCUCAGCUAGAGGACACAUCAGAGCUCUGAAGAGUCUGGUGUCACUAAACGCUGCGAUGCUGAAAGACCUGGAGGUGGUCUGUAAGGAUUGGACUGCACCUACUUGUGAAAGACCUUUAGAUGCACACAUAGAGGUGCACUAACUAGACCCUCACGUGGCUGAUAUAGUCACAAUAAAAUACUUACCCAUGAUAAACCCUUAACAAGCUGUAAACGUAGUUCUUCUCAUUAAGUGCAUAUAGUGACACAGAAGCUAACACUCGUCAGUAACCCCAGAGCUCCUGUCAGCAGCUCCCUAUAGACGCUGCUACAGGAGACAAACUCAAAACAUAGUUGAGUGAAGUCCCUGCCAGGCCGCCUCUCUUUGGGGUCUGGUUUUAAGCUAAAGAAUCCUCACUGUUAACCUUAACCAGACAUGUUAAUCACAGGGAAAGCUACAGUACAGAUAAUUCAAGUUACUUUGGGGAGUCUGAGGGCGGAUUGUUGCAGUUUGAGUGCUUUUGUCUCUUUUGGUUGAGUUUUUCGAGGUAUUUCCUGGUAUGACUUGUUUGUGGCAGGCUUUUCUGUAACGGAUCGGAUGUAAAAAGAAGAAAACGAGAGACUGGUGCUGACCUGCUGCUUUUUUGAUACAGAGGGCACAUGCUUUUUCUGUCUUUUGUCUCAUCAUAAAGUUCUUUCUGUUUUUGCUGUAGUGUAUUGUUCUUGUUUUGCUCUUUUCUUUUUGUACUUGUUUAGAUAUUCGAUCCUGUGGAUGCAAUUAUCAAAAGGCUUCAGUAUAACUGAAAUGUGCAUGACUGCAUGUCGAUACAGGCUGUGACCCCGGCCCCUGUUAAAUACCUCCCUCUCCUCUGAAACUACAUUUGGGUUCUUUUAGUUUGCGUGAGUUGUCCAGUCUCAGCCUCCCUUUCUUUGUAAUGAAUUGCAUAAAUAAAUUGGGGAUCAUUAAGAUAAUGCUGUGGAUACAUAUAAAUGGUUAAUAUAAAUAAAAAUGGUUUGGGAAACUGGUGA